AUGUUUACGCAUAGGUAUACGUUCCGCGCCUGUAAACAGUUCUCGGAGCUCCAAGAGGGCCCUUCAAUGCUCUACAAUAAACAUUCAUUUCACCAUCAUGCGUGCAAGCUCAAAGGAGCUCAGUCAGUCUUUUCCGAUACGCCUUGGUCUCAUCCUCAUGGCGGUAACAAGAUCUCGAAGCUCCUAGAGGCUCAGUCAGGGUUCUCAAAUGCGCCUUGGUCUCAUCCUCAUGGUGGUAAAGACAACUCCAAAUUCCCACAGGCCCUAUCAAGGUUUUCCAAUACACCUUGGUUUCAUCCACAUGGCGGUAAACGAUUUUCACAGCUUCAUGGGAUUCCGUCAACUUUUAACAAUACGCCUUGGUCUUGUCCGCACGGUCCUGCAAAGAAGUUCGACGGCAAUCAAUCAGCUUCAUUUUCCGUGUUUUCUCGAAAACCUACACCACCUCCCAAGGUGGAGAGUGAUGAAGUUGUCUCACUUCCAUUUUUCGACGAUACUCUCUUGCUGGCAAACAACGUGAUAACCCAUAUGUAUGUCUAUGACACGGUUCUAGAUGCUGAGAAGCUGUCGGAUUCUCUUGAGCGUUUGGCCCAGCGCCCUGGUUGGCGGAAAAUGAGUGCUCGAGUUAGGAAAAAUGGGAAAGGAAAACUCGAGUUUCAUAUCCCCACGGAGUUUUCAGAGACACGGCCAGCCAUCUCUACUACACACGUUAAGCACACCACUUCGAUCGCAGACCAUCCAAUUGCAAGUCGUUUUCCCAAACCAAGUACCACACCCGCCGUUGUGGCAACGACUGAGGAUUUCGAACCUCUCUUGGACGAGUCGGAUUGCCCAAAAAAGCUAGAUGACUAUCUUUAUAAAGAUCGUUCGGUCUUCGGCCUCCACAUCUACUCAUUCAAUGAUGCAACCAUCCUCAUCACACACGUCAAUCAUUCUGGUUUAGAUGGUAUCGCGAGAAAGGAUAUCAUGGAUGCAUGGCUGCUCAUGCUGCAGGGUAGGGAACAUGAGAUUCUUAGUCCUUGUGACUUCCACGAAGAUCCAUUCAUUGGCCUGGGAAAGGACGUUUCUGCAACUCACAGGCUUGCCGAACGUAAACUCUCCACGUUUGCGCUUCUGCAAUGGGUUAGAAAGAAUAUACUAGACCUUGCUUGGCGCACUCCAGAGACUCGUCUCGUGUGUUUGCCAUCUGGUUUUGUGGAAAAGCAGCGCAAUGCCGCCAUGAAGGAACUUGCUGCUACCCAGACCGGAUCUGAGAAGCCUUUUGUGUCCGAUGGUGACAUUAUAAUUGCUUGGCUGGCAAAGGCGGGGUUGUCACAUCUACCACCGACGUCAACCAGAAAUGUCACCAUAGCAAGCACAUUCUCCUGCCGCAAUGUCCUUGAAGGCUCUUACCUCCCUCUCGGCAAGCCGUAUCUUGCCAAUUGUGCCGCCUUCUUCAACACUUUACUACCUGUCAGAGAUAUAACAGGAAAGUCCCUGGCAUACACGGCUCAAAAGGCCCGGGAAGCUCUCAAAGAGCAAUCGUCUCUGUCACAGACGGAGGCAUACUUUGCCUAUGUACGGCAGUCAACUAAAAACAAACUACCUCCAAUGUUCGGUGACAGUAAUAUGCACUUCAUGAUCCUUUCCAACUGGACCAAAGCCAACUUGUACCUCAUCGAUUUCUCGGCCGCAGCCAUGACCCCAACAGACAAACCCGUAACAGCACGGUACAUGCAAGCUGUUCAGAGUCCACGCAAGGCCAUGGAAUUGUUUGUUAUUAUUGGAAAAGAUGCUCUGGGUAAUUAUUGGCUCAGCGGUUCGCGAACAAAACAGAACUGGGACAUUAUUGAAGCUGCCCUGAAGCGGGAGGAUUACUUGUUUGAAAACCUUCCAGGGGCCUGA